CCCGUCCAACGAGCAAAGUGUUUGGCAGACUGUCGACGAAGCGGGCGUUGAACGGAGAUGGAAGUUUGCGGACGCGGCGACGGUCUGCGUGAAGAGGAGAGAGAAGUCGUGGCGAUGGCGGUGACAGUUGUCGUCUUGAAUAGCAUAAGCGAAAUGUUGUCCUCCAGCCGCGACAUGCGUUUGCAGCUUCGUAAACGGAGAGUGCUCUUGCAGAGCGUUGUGGAAGCGCCGGAUUGUGUGGCGACGUGCGAAGCUGUAGUGCAGAUCUGUUCCUCUCUCGACUCUGGCGUUUUCAUGCGCUUGACACCGCGUUGUUGGAUCAAACGACGCACUGGCGGGACAUGGGAGGACCUACGCCUGUGUGACGACGCCACGGAGGACUACUACAAGGAGAAGCUGCAUAUGUCGAGGGCGAUGUUCAACCAGAUUGUAGUGAUUGCUUUCGCAUUGUACAGAUGGGCGUCGGGGGAAACGUACGAGAGCGGGACGUCAACCUUCGGUAUCGGCAGGGCGACCAGCCUGCAGGCCGUCCGCGACGUCACUGCGGCGAUGCUAAAUGCCUACCCCGACGUGAUCAAGUGGCCUGUUGGGCGUAGACGUGCGCAGAUUCUACGCGCGUUCCGGGAUAAGGGUUUCUCGAAUUGCUUCGGCGUCAUCGAUUGCACCCAUAUCUACAUUGACAAGCCAGCAGGAGCACCGCCCGUCAACUACUACGACCGCAGACAGAAGUUCUCCGUCCAGGCGCAGGUCGUCGUCGAUUUAGAUUUGCGUAUCCUGGACGUCCACGUCGGAUAUCCGGGAAGUGUCCACGACGUCCGUGUACUGCACAAUUCCCAUAUGUGGAGGCGUGCAGAAAGCGGCGAUCUUUUUGAUGCACCUCCGAAGAAUCUCCCACAUGGUGUGGUUACGCGAGGUUACCUGCUGGGCGACGACGGCUACCCGGUUGCGUGUCCAUGGAUCAUCCAACCGUACGGAGGAAUCUUCCAAGGUCCGGACGAAGAGCGUUUGGACACGUGGCAGAAGGUGGCGCGGGGAUGUGUGGAGCGGGCGUUUGGGCGACUGAAGUGCGUGUGGCGUCUCUUUUUGCGCACCCACAAGACGAACCUUCAAACCUUGCCACAACAAUUCGUGGCCGUGUACACUCUCCACAACAUCCUGCUGGACGCGGAGGUUGACGAGAACGGCGUUCGGCGGAGAGUCGACUUGGGCAUUGUGGGGAACGGCGGUGGUGGGCGGCGGCAGUGCACCAAUGUCGACGGUGACUUGUUGCGGGAUGCGCUUCGAGACCGCCUGGCUUUAAUGUAGAUGCACGCAGAAGAACACGGGGAUGGUCGGAUUGGACGAAGGGGGUCGGUAGGAAGGAAGCGGGGGGGGGCUAGGGGGGGCUCAGCUUGUGACGUGAUCCGUGUAGAGCAGUGCUGCGUUUUUGUAGUGUUUCUGAAGCUCUGGGAUGUUUAGCGUCGUCAGAGCACUUGCGUUCCCCUCCCCUCCCGUGUGGCGGUUUGUUGGCCGCCACUGAGUUCAAGCCGCGUGCGAAGUCGCGUUGUAGCCUGUGACGCCGCCGGGUAGUCGGCAUUGUAGGCGCCAGUCAUUUUGAAA